GAGACCUGUCCUGCGAUCGUCGCUGCUCCAGCAAGCAAGCCAGCCAGCAAGCAAGCCGGCCCUCUGCGCAACCCCGUCCCCGAUCGAUCGCCCGCUGCUCCAGGAUCCGGCCUCGCCUGCACAUCGAAAAUGACCUUCCCGAAGCCCGAGUUUGCCCUCUUCCCCAACGCCCUGUGGCGUGUCAACCCGCCCAUCCUGAACCGCUCGCUGCCCAAGGGCUUUGUCGACCCCUGGGCCCGCCGCGAUGCCUGGCGAUACCACUCGUUCUUCUCAUUAAAGAACCGCGUCCGUGCCCUGUUCCCCGGCUUUGGUCUGGGUGCCUCGGCCUUUGCCGUCUACCUGUGCUACGACUACUGGUAUCAGAACGAAGGCCCCGGACGAGAGGAGCGUCAAAAGUGGCAGAAAUGGAUGCACGAACGUGAGGAGCGUCUCAAGCACGAAGAGCCCCACCAUUAAUCGAUCUGUCCACGUUUCGUUGACCCCAUCCCCGGCGUUGUCCGUGCCUCUCCCCUCCCCUCCCGUCCUAUCUCUCCCUCCUACGCUCUCCCUGGCACUUGUACCUGCGCGUUGGCAGCACGAUGCUGGCCAGGCUAUAUCGGCUAUCUUGCGGGCACAUUCCCCGACUCUCUCGUCCUCUGCCUCGAGGAUCGAGGUCCAAGAUGUGUCUUGAUGGGAAUGUCUUGUUCCCCAUCCCCUUCCCCGUCCCCCAUCCCCAUCCCCCGAGCAUUCCCUGCUGCCGCAGUAGAGAAACAGCACAAUAUACAAUGUUCGCAUA